AUGUUCCCCAUCUGGCUCUCCGGCAUCGUCUUCACAUCUCUCCAAUCUCAGAUUUACACCUUAUUCAUACAACAAGGACGGUCCAUGAAACGUAUCAUAGCCUCAUUUGAGAUCCCUCCCGCUACACUCGGGAUGUUCGACACAGCAAGUGUACUCAUAUGCGUCCCAAUCUACGACAAAGUCCUAGUUCCCUUUGUGAGACGGUUCACAGGUAGAACAAAAGGUUUCAGUGAUCUACAACGCAUGGGAGUUGGACUUGUUGUCUCUGUCUUGAGCAUGGCAGCUGCAGCUAUGGUUGAGACAGAGAGGCUACGUGGUGGUGGUGUUGGAGUGAUGAGUAUCUUGUGGCAGAUUCCUCAGUAUUUUCUUAUGGGAACUGCGGAGGUUUUUUUCUAUAUUGGUCAGCUUGAGUUUUACUACGAGCAGUCUCCUGAUGCGAUGAGGAGUUUGUGUAGUGCCUUGGCGCUUCUUUCUACUGCAUUUGGGAGUUACUUGAGCUCGUUGAUACUGACGCUUGUGGCGUAUUUUACUACAAUGGAUGGUCAAGAUGGUUGGAUUCCUUCUGAGGAUGUUGAUAAAGGACAUCUUGAUUACUACUUCUGGCUUUUGGUUGGUUUUGGAUCUGUGAAUGUUCCUGUUUUUGUUUUCUUCUCUGUUAAGCACUUGCAGAAGAAGGCUGCAUGA